UAUUACUAUUAGUGUGUGUUUCAUACUACUCCCCAUCUCCCACAUUUCUGUUUCCACUUUCCAUUGCUUCGUCAAUUCCACUCCAUCCCCCCUCCCAAAAGUCACAGUAACGGUCACAUUUUUCGUCUGUCACCUCAACUCAGAACCUCAUCACCUCCGAACGGCAACAUCUCAUUUUCAUCUCUCUCUCUUCGUACCCAAAUCACUCUCUUUCAGAAAGAAAAUGACAACAAGCUUUGGGUUAUUCUCUCUCUUGCUUUUGCUGACCCUACUCGAUUUCCCUCUCUCCCGUGCCUCCAUCCCGAAUCAGAGAGCAGUUUCGAGGGCCCAGAACGGAGUCGUUGGCACGGAGCUGUGGUGCGUGGCCAAGAACAACGCAGAGGAUGCAGCUUUGCAGACGGCCCUGGACUGGGUAUGCGGGCCCGGCGCCGCUGACUGCGGUCCAAUCCAGAAUGGCGGUCCAUGCUACGAUCCGCACGACAUCCAGGCUACCGCCUCCUUUGCCUUCAAUGACUACUACUUGAAGCACGGCAUGACCGACGACGGUUGCUUCUUUGAUAACACUGCCGCCCUCACUUCUUUGAACCCCAGUCAUGAUAAUUGCAAAUUCCCUUCCAGCUUGAACGUGAACAAUGGAAGCGUUUCCAGUCUCGCAGCCGCAGGGGGGAUGGGUUCAAGCGAAGGCAUAAGCGGCUGUUCUCAGAUUGCUCAGCAGUUGUUUUGGCCUGUAAUUACUGGUCAUAUGUUCAUGUUGCUUACACAGAUUAUUUCACAAUGAUGAAGCAGAAUCAAGUUCUUGAGCCUGCAAUCAAGUGGGAUUUUUAUGGCUUAUCUUGGGGGAUUACAGGCAUCUGAACUUAGUGGAUGGCUUAGAUGCUCCAUUUCCUAGCAAUGAGUAUCUAGCAAUCUCAGAAAAUAUAUGACUAGGCCUCGUUUGGAUUGAGAAGUAAUCUUAACUCAUCUCAUCAUUAUAACUUUUUUAAAUUUCCACACAAAAUAU